GCAGCCUGCAGCCGCCCUGGGAAUGCGCGGCCGAGGGAAUGCGCGCAGCUCGCGGGCCCUGGCAGCGAGCUGGCACCCGCGCCUGGAUAUGGGGCGUCUACAUCGUCCCAGGAGCCGCACUAGCCACCGGAACCUGCCGCAUCUGCUUCUGGCUUUCCUCUUCGUGGGACCCUUCAGCUGCCUCGCGAGUUACAGUCGGGCCACCGAGCUCCUGUACAGCCUGAACGAGGGACUGCCCGCCGGGGUGCUCAUCGGCAGCCUGGCCGAGGACCUGCGGCUGCUGCCCCGGGCGGCGGGGAGGCAGGACCAGCAGUCGCGGGCGCCGGACAGCGCCGGCGCCGAGGGGAGCCCGGCCCUCUCCUUCAGCCUGGCCUCCCGGGGACUGAGUGGCCAGUACGUGACCCUAGACAACCGCUCUGGGGAGCUGCACACUUCUGCCCGGGAGAUCGACAGGGAGGCGCUGUGUCUUGAGGGGAGAGGAGGGGCUGCCUGGGGCGGCAGCAUUUCCGUCUCCUCCUCUCCAUCCUCUGACUCUUGCCUUUUGCUUCUGGAUGUGCUGGUCCUGCCGCAGGAGUACUUCAGGUUUGUGAAGGUGAAGAUCGCCAUCAGAGACGUCAACGACAAUGCCCCGCAGUUCCCUGUGUCCCAGAUCUCGGUUUGGGUCCCGGAAAAUGCACCUGUGAACACUCGGCUGGCCAUAGAGCAUCCUGCUGUGGAUCCAGAUGUAGGCAUUAAUGGAGUGCAGACCUAUCGCUUACUGGACUAUCACGGCAUGUUCACCCUGGACGUGGAGGAGAAUGAGAAUGGGGAGCGCACCCCUUACCUAAUUGUCAUGGGUGCUUUGGACAGGGAAGUCCAGGACCAGUAUGUGAGCAUCAUCAUAGCUGAGGACGGGGGGUCUCCACCACUGCUGGGCAGUGCCACCCUCACCAUUGGCAUAAGCGACAUUAAUGACAAUUGCCCUCUCUUUAUAGAUUCACAAGUCAAUGUCACUGUAUAUGGGAAUGUGACAGUGGGCACCCCGAUUGCAGCUGUCCGGGCUGUGGAUAGAGACUUGGGAACCAAUGCUCAGAUCGUCUACUCUUACAGCCAGAAAGUUCCACAGGCAUCCAAGGAUUUAUUCCACCUGGACGAAAACACCGGAGUGAUUACACUUUUCCGUAAGAUUGGAGGAAGUGUUCUACAAACUCACAAGCUCACCAUCCUUGCUAAUGGCCCAGGCUGCAUCCCUGCUGUGAUCACUGCUCUGGUGUCCAUUAUCAAGGUCAUUUUCAGACCACCUGAAAUUGUCCCUCGUUAUAUAGCAAAUGAGAUAGAUGGUGUUGUGUAUCUGAAAGAGCUGGAACCUGUUAACACUCCCAUUGCGUUUUUCACUAUAAGAGAUCCUGAAGGUAAAUACCAAGUUAAUUGCUACCUGGACGGCGAAGGGCCAUUCAGGUUAUCACCCUACAAACCAUAUAGUAAUGAAUAUUUGCUAGAGACCACCAGACCCAUGGACUACGAGUUACAGCAGUUCUAUGAGAUAGCUGUGGUGGCCUGGAACUCUGAGGGAUUUCACGUCAAAAGAGUAAUUAAAGUACAACUUUUAGAUGACAAUGAUAAUGCUCCCAUUUUCCUUCAGCCCUUGAUAGAACUAACCAUUGAAGAGAACAAUACACCUAAUGCCUUUUUGACGAAGCUGUAUGCCACAGAUGCUGACAGUGGAGAGAGAGGCCAGGUUUCAUAUUUUCUGGGACCUGAUGCACCCUCAUAUUUUUCCCUAGACAAUGACACAGGAAUUCUGACAGUUCUGACUCAGCUGGACCGAGAAGAGAAAGAAAAGUACAGGUACACGGUCAGAGCUGUUGACUGUGGAAAGCCACCCAGAGAAUCGGUAGCCACUGUGGCUCUCACAGUGUUGGAUAAAAAUGACAACAGCCCUAGGUUUAUCAACAAGGACUUCAGCUUUUUUGUGCCAGAAAACUUUCCAGGAUAUGGCGAAAUUGGAAUGAUUAGUGUAACAGAUGCUGACGCUGGGCGAAAUGGAUGGGUCGCCCUCUCGGUGGUGAACCAGAGUGAUAUUUUUGUCAUAGACACAGGGAAGGGUAUGCUGAGAGCAAAAGUCUCUUUGGAUAGAGAGCAGCAAAGCUCCUAUACCUUGUGGGUUGAAGCUGUUGAUGGGGGUGAGCCUGCCCUCUCCUCUACUGCAAAAAUUACAAUUCUCCUUCUAGAUAUCAAUGACAACCCCCCUCUGGUUUUAUUUCCCCAGUCGAAUAUGUCUUAUCUGUUGGUGCUGCCUUCUACUCUCCCUGGAUCCCCGGUUACAGAGGUCUAUGCUGUGGACAAAGACACAGGCAUGAACGCUGUCAUAGCUUACAGCAUCAUAGGGAGAAGAGGUCCUAGGCCUGAGUCCUUUAGCAUUGACCCCAAAACUGGCAACAUUACUUUGGAAGAGGCAUUACUGCAGACAGAUUAUGGGCUCCAUCGCUUACUGGUGAAAGUAAGCGAUCAUGGUUAUCCUGAGCCUCUUCAUUCCACGGUCAUGGUGAACUUAUUUGUCAAUGACACUGUCAGUAACGAGAGUUACAUUGAAAGUCUUUUAAGAAAAGAAUCGGAAAUUAACAUAGAGGAGAAAGAACCCCAAAUCUCAAUAGAACCGACUCAUAGGAAGGUAGAAUCUGUGUCCUGUAUGCCCACCUUAGUAGCCCUGUCUGUAAUAAGCUUGGGUUCUAUCACACUUGUAACAGGGAUGGGUAUAUACAUCUGUUUAAGGAAAGGGAAGAAACAUCACAGGGAAAAUGAAAAUUUGGAAGUAGAGAUUCCACUGAAAGGAAAAAUGGACUUGCACAUGAGAGAGAGAAAACCGAUGGAUAUUUCUAAUAUUUGAUCUUUUAUUGUGGAAUAACACAGAUCUUUUAACUGACUUUGGAUAGUCUUCAUUGCUGAAACAAGAGUGUGUUGGUGGUGGUUCCAAUGAAGGAUGACUAAUUUAUAAUUUGUACUAUAUUGUAAAUAGCUGUUUACAGGUUUUUAAUUCAGAUUCAGAGGCUAUAAAAUGUGUACAGCAUUUUGAAAUGAAAAUUAGUUAUAACAGCUAUAGAACUAUUAUUUUAAAAAAAGCUUGGACAUGAUUUGCAACUUUCAUACACCAAGCAGAUGAUUUAUAGAACCCUGAGAGUAAGGUAAGAAAAUGGUAUUACAAUUUUUUUGGUCUAAAAGGUCCUUUCACCACAAGAGGGCAUCAGAUGCUCCUUUGCAGGGAACUGAAGUAUUGUACGUAACAGUUGUACAUGAAAUUAAUGAAAUAGUAUAUUUUAAAUAUGUUUAUAAUGUUAAACAAAUAUGAAAUUAAGUAAAUUAAAAUUAACCCUAUUUACAUAUAUGAUAAGAAAAAAAGAAACGCACUAGUAAGCAGAAUGUUUAUUACCUCAUUAAGUACAUAGUUUGAAAGAGAAAGCAUUAAAAAGAAAUGCUGUUCCUUUUUAACAAGGUUAAAAAACAUUGCCUUGUGUUACAAGUCUGACCUGCUAAAGAGUAUUUUACUUUCCAACUACUCAAAUUGUUUUCUGUUUGCUUAUUACUGCACUUGCUAUUAUUACAGGGGAAUAUAUAUAUAUAUAUAUAUAUUUUUUUUUUUUUUUCUUCCUUACAAAAAAAUGUAACUAGAAAUCGUGUCCAAGGAAAACAGUAGAAGUAAAGAAAUGUUUUAAUCCUUAGUUGCUUCAUAGGUGUUCAUAACAUUUUAGUGCUUUCAGAACUUGUCGGUAGUGCUUUCUUUAUACUUGGGUUAUAUAUUAAUUUUUAUAGGCUUAAACUCAUCCAUCACCUAAAAAUACAUAAAUCACAUUAAAACUGAAUUAUUCUAGAAGCUCAUGUACAGUGUUUGUUGUUUCAGUUUGGCAUUUUAUAUGAAAGAUAUAUUGUAUUUAUCUUUUUGUUGUUGUUUAGGUUUGUUGGCUACCAUUUCUAGCUCCCUUUCUUUGGCUUUGGAUUUAGUCCAAGAGUUUAUUUGUAAGCCCAGCAGCAAAUUUGUUAUAAUUUAGCUGAAUGUCUUGCAAUGAAAAAGGCUGGUUCAUCAGUGAUUUAUCACUUUCACUUCAUUCUGUAAGAUGAAGUGUUAUUUUCUAGAAGAAUAUAGCAAAAUUAUCUGUAUAAACCAAGAAUGUGUUAGCUUCAACUGGAUCAUUUUACUUUAUGGCAUCAUGUGUUUCUGUAUUCUACCAAAAGUGUUUAUAUGUCUGCAAAUUAAAGGUAUAUAUUUUCAUA